ACCUUCACAAGGGUCGACUGAAGCUACAGACCAAAGCUACUGGCUGAGAAGAGCAGAUACUUCAGCAGCAGGUUAUCAUCAUCUUCACCAUCAGCGUCACCAUGAGGAUGUUGACUGUGUGUGCACUUCUUUGUGCCAUGAUGGCUCUGGCUACAGCUCAAUCUCCUCCAGACGCAAAGUCCCAAAUUGACAAAUCAUCAAAGGCCGACCUGGUCAAGAGAUCUGCAUGUCCCUAUGGUUGGACUCUGAGCUACAGACGCUGUUUCCGCUUCGUUGCAGUACCAAAGCGUUGGGCUCGAGCUGAGAGAUACUGUCAGCGUCUCGGUGGAAACCUUGCAUCCAUACAUUACUAUUGGCAGUAUCGUAAGGUUCAGAGCAUGAUCUGGUCGGCCAUUCAUCGGUAUGUUGGGAUAUGGAUCGGAGGCUCUGAUGCACAAGAGGAGGGAAAUUGGCUGUGGAGUAAUGGUAAACAAUUCACGUAUCGGUACUGGUGCUCUGGACAGCCCAAUAACGCUGGAGGCAAGCAGAACUGCUUAGCGAUGAACUACUCAGGUUCCAGGUGCUGGAAUGACGACUUUUGCUGGAAACGAAAACCAUUCGUCUGUGCCAGGAAACCCUUAUGAUUCCUGAUGUGAAGGCGUCGAGCAGCACAAACACUGCUGGAGAAGAUUUUUUGUGCAUAUUUUCAAAAGUGUUGUGCUGAUUAGUUUAAUAUGACCUAGAGGCUCUAUAUCUCAUAUCAUUUCAUAUAAUUAUCUUAUUUCUAUCGCUGUAACGCUACUGAAGGAACGAAGCGACAAGUGACACAAACAGCAGCUGGAUUGUCUCUCAGGCCUUGUGCCUUUAAUGAGAGCACAUUGAAUGUGUUUUGAAAAGAAUGCUUUUAGCACCUUAUUCUUUCAAGUGAACAAGAGCUGCAACUAAUGUUUAUUUUCAUUAUCAAUUGAUCUGUCAAUUGUUUUCUCAAUUAGUAAUUUGGUUGAUUAAAUGCCAGAAAAUGGUGGAAAAUGUUUCUAACAGGCAAAGACACAUCCUCCUGACCAACAAUAACCAACCCAAAGAUAUGUUACUAUUUUUACUACUGUCCUGGAAAACUUUAAACUUUAAUAAAUUUGUGCAUUUUUCUUAAAAAAGAGAUUUAUAACAAUUAAUCGAUCAUGAUUAUGAAAAUAGUUGGCAAUCAAUUUUCCUGUCAAUCAACUGAUUAAUGGACUAAUGUGACUAAUGAAAUCAACUUGCAGCUCUAGAGUGAACUAUUUUUUCUUGUCUCGU